AUGAACAUGGCGGCCGCUAUGAAGGCACAGAAAACCGGACUGUUAGAACUUAGGAUCACCGUCGACCGCUGGAUCCGUGUGCUAGCUACCUUAAACGAGGACGCUCUAAUUCUCAGCCCCGGGGAAGUCGCCGAUGAACAUGCUAAAACCAGUCCGACCCCCGCCGGGGCAGUCAAUGGAGACCCGGCCAACCUCAGCGUGUCCCCUGUCCCGGAGACGAUCACUAACGUAAAGCGCACGGUCCGAGUGACGAAGCAAGACGUUGGGGGUCUAGGGAUAAGCAUUAAAGGUGGCAAAGAGAACAAGAUGCCAAUUCUGAUCUCGAAGAUCUUUAAGGGCCUGGCGGCAGACCAGACGGGGGCUCUGUACGUGGGCGAUGCCAUUCUCUCCGUAAACGGCUGUGACCUGAGAGAGGCCACUCAUGACGAAGCUGUGCAGGCCCUCAAGAAGACUGGCAAAGAGGUCAUCCUAGAGGUGAAGUACAUUAAGGAGAUGUCUGCAUUCUUUAAAAGUGCAGCCCCUGGUGUUCCUCCGGUCUUGGACUCUCCACCAGCCACGCCACAGAAACAAGCGAGUGACAGUGCUCUGAAAGAGACCAGAAACAUCCCACUGAAAAUGAGCCAGGUCACUCGCAAACAGUGCCCACCAGACAUAGAGGACAGGUAUUUUGAGGUGGUGUCGUGUGAUAGGAGGAAGACUGUGUUCUUGCGGGCGAAGGAUGCGGCCAUGGCCCAGUCCUGGUAUAAGGCCCUGCAGGCUGCUGCCCUGGCACUGCUGCCCAGUGUGAAGGAAGAACUCCAGGCACUGCAGCCCACCCUGGAUGUCAAACACGUCGGCUGGAUCACAGAGCAGGGCACAGAGAAACCCAUCUUGGCAGUGUUGACAGACAGAGAUCUCCUACUGUUCAGCAGUCUACCAGAAACUACAGAGAGUCUCAGCAGCCCAGACAAAAGUCACCCUCUUAUCACUACCAGGCUGGUUCAUUCAGGACCAGGGAUGAGUUCAUCUCUGCAGGAUUCAGAGUUGACCUUUGGCCUGCGUUUGGGCACUAAACAGGGGGUGGAGACUCACCUGUUCAGGGUGGACACGCCUAAAGAUCUCUCCACCUGGACACACCUGCUGGUGGACGGAUGCCACAGUGCUGCAGAACUCAUUCAGGAAGUCACCAUAGCAUGUACCUGGAAUGGACAGCCCUGUAUGUUGCGGGUGCACAUCGAUGAAGGAUUCUCCUUGUUCAAAGAGGAGGGGGGAGUGAGGCGGUCUGUUCUCCUGCAGCAGCCGUUCGAGCGACUGCGCAUGUCGUCUGAUGACGGCAUACGCAUGAUGUUUCUGGACUUUGGUGGUCCCGAGGCUGAGAUUCAACUUGACCUCCAUUGCUGCCCGAAGACCAUGGUUUUUAUCAUUCACUCCUUCCUCUCUGCCAAGGUCAAGCGGCUAGGCCUGUUGGCAUGA